UACUCCACAAGUUGGAUUUUAUUCAUAUAAGCUCACUUGUUCUGUAAUAUAAACUCUUGGCCGGGGAUAUCUUAUUUUGAUCGACAUAUGGCACCGCAUGGGGAGGCUAUUGUUGGCUCAGGGGCUGGUGGUCGAACCAACAACUUCUCCAAGCCACCAAAGCUGUCAAAUGACAGCCUUCACCGGACCAUUUCGGACAUCUCCCAUCAGCUGAGCAACAUUGAUAUAGAGGAAGCAGUCAAUGUGGACGACAAGCUCCCGCCGAUAUCUGAGGUGGAAGAUGCAAAGUGUGAGUGCUGUGGGAUGAGCGAGGAAUGCACGCCGGAGUACAUAGAGAGGAUUCGGAACAAGUUCUUGGGGAGGUUGAUAUGCGGGUUGUGCUCAGAGGCGGUGAAGGAGGAGAUGGAGAAGAAUGGAGGGAAGAUAGAGGAGGCGUUGAGCACGCAUAUGAAUUCAUGUGCUAGGUUUAACAAGCUGGGGAGGGCUUACCCUGUUCUGUGCCAAGCUGAAGCCAUGAGGGAAAUUUUGAAGAAAAACAGGAUGGAAGGAAAGGAGCUUAGGGCUAAAUCCCUUAGCCCUAGGGAUCCUAAAGGAGGACAAAAGAGAGGGAUUGCAAGGAGUUCUAGUUGCAUUCCAGCCAUUACAAGGCAGAUGAAUGAUCUUCCCAUAUCAAAAUAAGUUACCUAGCUAGCUUAAUUUCCUUUUUUCCCAAGCAUUGUUUUCAAAACCGUAACUUACGGUUUUGUUUUAUGUGAGGAUUCAAUUUCCAUCUCAAGCUUACGUAUUUUUACAUGGCCCUAAUUGAGCCAACCUUUGAGUCACCUCUGAAGGUUUUUUUGGUACUUGGUCCCAACUCUUAAUCCCU